UCAACGUUUAACUCGCUUAAAUCACAUGCGCGGUCCUAGCCUACCCUGAUCUAGCUACUCUUCUGCGUCAGGAAUAAUCCGCGUUGACCGCUGGACCCAAAAUGGCGUGUGGAGGCUCAGCCCUCAGGGUCCAUGCACUGCGUUUGGGUCCAGGGAAGGAGCUGUUCUCCUCCCUCAUGUCUUUUGUGGAGGAGAGGGGGCUCAAAGCGCCGUUCAUCAUCACCUGCGUGGGUAGCGUCACCAAGGCAACGCUCCGGCUGGCAAACGCCACUGCCAAGAAUACCAAUGAGGUGGUUCAUCUCCAGGAGCGCUUUGAGAUUGUGUCUCUUGUGGGAACUCUGAACAAGGAGGCUCAUCUACACAUCUGCCUGGCAGAUAAGGAAGGUAAAACCAUCGGGGGCCAUGUACUUGGUGACCUGGAGGUUUUCACAACAGCUGAGGUCAUCAUAGGAGAAGCCGCUGAUCUAGAGUUUAUCCGAGAGAUGGAUGACAAGACUGGAUUCCCUGAACUGGUUGUUCAGCCAAGGACUGACCAAAAGUAACAGAGACAUGCAAAUAAACAAUAAAAUAUUUGUCCA